UUUGACAUCACAUGGGGAAAUGAUCGUGCUAAGAUACUUGACAAUGGCCAACGUUUGCAGCUUACUCUCGAUCAGUCCUCAGGUUCAGGGUUCCAAUCCAAGAAUGAAUAUCUCUUUGGCAAUAUUGAUAUGCAAAUCAAGCUGGUUCCUGGUAACUCGGCUGGUACUGUUACUGCAUACUAUCUCUCUUCACAAGGGAAUACACACGACGAAAUAGACUUUGAGUUUCUGGGAAAUCUGUCUGGAGAUCCCUACAUUAUGCACACUAAUAUUUUCUCUCAAGGCGAAGGCAACCGCGAGCAACAAUUCUACCUCUGGUUCGACCCCACUGCAGACUUUCACAGUUACUCUCUGCUCUGGAAUCCCCAACAAAUUAUGUUUUCUGUGGAUGGAACUCCGGUGAGAGUGUUCAAGAACAGUGAGGAUCUGGGCGUUGCAUAUCCGAAGAAUCAGACGAUUGGGCAACAGAGGCGGUGCAGUAAAGAUCGAUUGGAGCAAAUCCCCAUUUGUGGCAUCUUAUGGAAAUUUCAAAGCAGAGACAUGCUCUGCCUCCUCUAAUUGCUCUGUGAAUUCAUGGUAUGCUGCAGAGGCAUUAGAGUCAAGUGAGCAGCAGAAACUUGAAUGGGUGCACAAAAAUUAUAUGAUUUACGAUUACAGUCGCCAGGCGUCCAACUGAGCUCAAAGGACAAAUACUUUAACCAAAUUCAUUAAUUCAAAUUCUUUUA